AUGAGGUGUGAAAUAGUGUUCGCUGUUGGGCUUUUUGCAGCUGUUUUAUCUCCUUCCUUUCAGGGAGAUAUGGGGUCGUACAAAUGGCGGCCUGAUAUGGUUGACUGGGGAAGCAUUACGGAUUACAUCGACGAUAGUUACAAAUACCAUAACGUCGGUGAGUUCGAGACACUGUGCAAAAUUUACCGAAUUACGCAGGCAGAAGCACCACAACCCUCUUUCAAGAACCGUGAGAAAGAAGCUAAUAUUCUGAAUGAGUUGGAGGAAAUGGUCAGUGUGGUGGGGGCCGCUGGAAGUAAUAAAGGCUCGAGCAAUUCAUCUAACAGCACGACAGCAUAUCAGUUGAUGAUACAACUGCUUGAAAAGGCGAAAAAGCUGAAGGAAGAAAUAGAAGUGAAUAGGACAAAAGCGUUAAAUGCAAGUCGUUCUGCCGAAGACAAUAUGUUGAAAGCUGUGUAUGGAGACGCUGUGGAUGUGGCACGAAAUGAGAAUAAAACUCUAGAGAAAGCCAUGAGGGGAAACAAGUCACUGCUGUUCAAUAGUAUUGAUAAUGCAGGCACGAGUUGCGGUUCUUAUGGAGACAAGCUGGUUGGAAAGACACUAAUCAAUGACUUUUUCUGUCUAUGUGUGGGAGAGGCUAUAAAUGUGACUGAAGAUAUGAGGCAGAAAAGAGACGAGAAAGAGGAAGAAGAUAAUGAAGAUAAUGAAGAUAAAAAAAAAGAAGAGAGCGGUAAGGGCAAAUAUAGUGAUAGUGUUUAUAAUGGGUUCAAUUGUCCUUGUAAAGAUGAAAUAAGAAGACCAAAAAAUGGAAGUUGGACAAUGAUGGCAAAUUACUGUGAGGCCAAUAGCAGCCCCUGCAGCCCAGACAACAUAACAUACAAUUACACUGAGGCAUGGGAUGUGAUUAGUAAAGCUUGUGUGUACAAAAACGUUGCAUCGAAUGUAAAGACUUUGAAAAGUGCAUUAGCUCAGUUUGAUGCCUUAGUGAAUUUGGAACAGGAUAAAUAUCAGGUGAAGGGUAUUUUUGGUUAUGUGAGAACUGAUAAAAACGAAAAUCGGACAUGCACGGGUCAUACUGCUGGAUUCACAUGUGUCAGUUACAAGUACACACUUGAAAAUGGUGGAAUUCCAUGGUACAAUCGUCUUACUAACGCUACCGAGCAACUGCAAGAAAUGGAUAAAUAUUCAAAAGAAGCUGACAGUCAUCUUCAUGAGUUGGAAGAGUAUCAACACGAGGCCGAGGAAAUAUUUCUUGAGGUGAAACUAGGUGGUGAUGCAGAGCUAUGGAAAAGUAGCCGAGUAAAGGGUGACAGCGAAGGUGAUAAUACUGAGGUAAAUAAUGAUGGACUUACUCAUUUGAAUAUGGAAACGUGGGGGUUUAUAUUGUUAUUAUUCUUAUCUCUUAUUCUUAUCUUUUAG